AUGUCGAGUGACAGACCGAGACGGGCACAGCAUGGAUCUCUUCAGGAUAAUGCGAGUGCUUUACUGCUGAAUAUGAUUCGAACACUGACAAGUAACUCCUCGGCAGAUCAAAAGGAAUUAGAUCGUAGGCGUCUGGAAGCAGGAUUUGCUGAAACUUCAAAAGAAAUAGAUCGCCUAGUUCUUGAACAUGAAAACGAUGUUGGUACUUGUUUGGAGUCAUUCAGAAAUGUUUCCACUCGAAUCACGGCCUGCCGUGAAAAAGUACACAGUAUACGUAGUAGUUUGCUUACAUGCCGCUCUCUAUUACAAUGUAGACGGGAUGAUUUAAAAAGACUUUGGAUGGAAAAUGCUCAACAAAAACACGUCAGCACAAUUCUGGCUCAAAUAGAAGGAUUAAAUCGUUUGGAAAAUGAAGUUGAGGCAGCUAUGGCGACUUCAAAUUAUCACUUAGCUGCGAAUUCCUUAAAUGAAGCCGAUCUCCUAUUCAAUGGUCCAUUUUCAAAUAUUGAUGGAUUGAAUCAAUUACGUUCACAGUUGCUUGAUUUGUCCAAAAAACUCGUGGAACGGAUUGUUAAUGACAUCACACAUCAUUUGAUCGUUCGGCCGUUCGAAAAUCAUGUGAGUUGUAACUGUCUUGCAUUUUUGAAUGUAAAAGAUCUUGAUGCCGUACAUAUAGAAAUUCUUGUUGAAAUAAUCAAAUCUCUGCCGGAAAAUAAAGUUGCGGAAUCGACAGAAUGCGUUGAAAUUAUGUCUCACUUUGCAAAAGAAAAUGUGGCUGUGAAUGGCAUAUAUUCCGUAGCUGCUCGUUGUGCCGAAAAUAUUCAUGCAUUAUGUGUAUUCGGCAGAUUGUCAACAACACUUCGACGGUUUUUACAAAGUUCUCCGACAGUAUUUAGCCGUUUGAUACAUACAUCGACGAAUGUAGUUUGUGUUGCGUUUGACGGAAAUCAAAAAGGCGAUGAACAGAAUUUAGCUCAAUUUAUGCAGUUGGUGCUAAGUCAAUUUCGUAGUAGCUAUGAGGCACAUCUUGUAAUGGAUGCUGAACUUAAAAAACUGCGACAAAACGAUUUGGGUGAUGAUGAAGUGAUAUCUUUAUCCGAAAAUUAUUGGGAAACAGCGCAAGCUAUGAUCGAGAAUCUGGUGGACGAGUAUAUUGCGGAAGAUGGCAGUACAUCCAGUUUAGUUAUGCAAAAAUCAAAUACAUCUGCUGCGGAAAAAGUCACUUUGUUCAGAUUUGAUGCUUCAGCUUGCGCACUUACUACUCAGUCAGGACAAAACAUGAAACAGCUUCAAUCUCUGAUAUGUCCUUCUUCACCGUGGAACAUUACCUCUCUUUAUCCACAACUUGAACGUUUCUGCAAUGAGCGUGAAACCGAAACGAACAUAAAACCAUGUCGUUUACGUUCUUAUUUACACUCGUUCAUUGUUAACGUUUUCAUCGAUCAAUUCAAAUGUAAGCUUGAGGCUCUUGCCGAGCAAGCACUCAAUGAACAGGAUGCCUGGCGUGUUCUUAUGCAUUACCCUAAUCCGAAAGUUUUGGGAAGUUGUUGGAAUGUUUAUUCAGUUUGUAGUCAAAUUGGAAAAUUGAUUCUUGCCAUGGAUAAAUACACGGAAAGGUUGUCAGCAUUGUGGUUACUUGUUAUUGAUGAAUUUUCGGAUAGCGCUAAUAAUGUCUAUGAAAAGGGUAGCAGUUUUCAAGUUUCCAAUAUGAGCCAUGAAGAUGGACAUAGAGAAAAGCGUAAAAUAAGCGCAGCAUGGGCAGUGGAUGAAGACAUAUCACGUCUCUUAAAGAGUUUACCAAACUGGUUCAUGGUGAGCAAUUAUGAAAGUACUUCAACACAAUCAGUUAACACACCUUCUGCAGUUUCACCCACAAGUGAAUCGGAAAGUGAUGUAUGUUACCGAAAUGAAAGAGAAUCGGAAAUUCUCAUAGGUAAUCUGGGAACAGCGAAACAGCUCGUUCGUGAUGAGCUAAUAACUGAUAUUGAAGUAAUUCGUUCGCUGGCAUGUAUACAUGAAUCACUGAAAUGGUUUUGUAGCAGCAUGCGUUCUCUCAUCGAAAAGCUCCCAGAAUCGUCGCGUAAUGCAAUGCGUCAAUGCGUUGUACAGUUGCAAAGAACAGAUGAAAGUGGCACUGUUCAUCAAUCGGAAGAAUAUAUUGCCGCUGCACUAGACUCCAGAUUAGCCAAUUUGGAUGCAAAAGCUGACACUUGUUUAUUAAUAAUUCAUCUUGAGCUUCGUGUACAUUGCUUCUUCCAUUUGUUACCAUUGGCUCGAGUAAGACCAUCGUUGCCUCAUGAUGAACUCGAUAACGAGAUAAUUGAUUUUGGACGCGACAUGGCUCAUUUUCAUCAGGUACUUAGCACGAAUCUUCCGCCGCAUAAAAUGAAAUAUCUGUUUGAUGGUUUAGGGCAUCUUUCAGCUUCCAUCUUUAUUCAUUCCAGCCAACAUAUGCAAAAACUGAAUGAGAAUGGAAAAAAACGCGUCUGUCGAAAUAUUUUUGCGGUGCAACAGAGGUUGAGUCAGUUGACAGGACACCGUGAAAGUGAGCUGGAAAGAGCAAGAAUUUUUUUCGAAUUACUCAAUCACGAUCCUGAUCAGUUAUUGGCUUUAAUUCUAGAACGAGGAGCAAUAUUUUCACACCUUGAGUAUACCUAUCUUCUUGCACUUGCUCUAAGGUCACAUCCAGUACUAAGCGCACAACCUGGUGCUUUAGAACAAAGGAUCUCCCAACUGAAGACGAUUUUAGCACAACUGAAGAAUUUAUAUACAAAACUUCGACGAGUUUUAAGUUUAAUGCUCGAAAGCCCACAAUUGCCACCAGUUAUUGACUUAUCGUUUGAUUACAAUGGCAGCAAAACGCGAUUCAAUAUAGUUCAGUUUGCCAAUGUCAAUGUUGUUAUCAUUUCUAACAUUGAGAAGAUUGGACAAAUUGUACAUGUAAUAUUUCCUGAGGCAGUGAUUACUUCUAGACUUCAGCCGACACACAAUACUGAUUACGAUACAAAAAUUCUCUUAGGGCCGCCAUUGAUACAAUUUCGGCAAUCUUCUGAAAAUGGACGUGCAAAGUGUAUCUUCUUGCCGAAAACUUCGUUCAAAAAAUUCAUAAAACCUCGUGAAAGAGCUAGAAUGGAUUCAGAACUGGCAUAUUUAGCAAAAUUCGAAGAAUUUUAUGAAUGGCAGUUGAAGGAACCAACUAGGCAAUCACUUCCAAUAUUUGAACUUUUGGAUGGUCCACCCUACGCAAAUGGUGACGCACAUGUUGGGCAUGCUAUCAAUAAAAUUUUAAAGGAUUUUGUCGUUCGUAGUCAGAUUUGCAGUGGGAAGCGUGUCUUAUUUCGUCCAGGAUGGGAUUGUCAUGGACUUCCAAUUGAAUUAAAAAUAGCAAGAAACAGUCAACAAAAGGGCAUUUCGCUCGUUGAAAUACGAAAAGCAGCUCGGCAGAUAGCGCUACAUUCAAUUGCGUCCCAAGAGAAUUCGUUUAAGAGAUGGGCGGUCACUGCUGAUUGGGCAAAUCCUUACUAUACAAUGGAUAAAAAUUAUGUUGCAAAAGAACUCAGACUUUUCGGUGAAUUGUAUAGGCUUAAGAUGGUUUAUCGAACAUUUAUGCCAGUUUAUUGGUCACCAAGUUCAUUUACAGCUUUAGCUGAAUCGGAAUUGGAUUAUAAGGAGCAUAGCACUACAGCUACUUUUUAUCGAUAUGCGAUAAUAAAUUCUGAGUUAAUCCUUUCUAAAUGUGAGAAAGAGAAGCGUCCAACAAAACUCUAUGCAUUAAUUUGGACAACAGCUCCGUGGACGUUGCCAAUGAAUAACGCAGUUGCGUACAAAAAAGAUGCAAUAUAUGCAGUAGUAGAAUUGCUUGCAGAAGGACACUGUCGGCGUCCAACCCGGCAUUUAUAUAUUUUGGCAAAGGAGCUGAUUAGCAGUUUCGAGAAGGAAACAAAAAUUAUGACUAAGAUAUUGUUCACUUUUACUGGUAUUGAACUGAAAGGACUCAUGUAUCGAAGUACAAUGUUUAAUGAUUUAGCACAGCCAUUUAUAGAGGCAAACCAUGUAACAACUGCUGUUGGAACAGGUCUUGUACACCUAAGUUAUGCACAUGGCUUAGAUGAUUUCAAAAUAGCAUUAAAACUUGGUGAAAAAGUCCGCUGCUUUGUUGAUGAACGGGGUUGCUAUACAAGGGAUCUUGGUCACGAUUUAGAGGGUAAAAAUGUUUUGAGGGAAGGAAAUGACAUUGUAUUGCAAAUGUUCAGGAAGAACGUUGUCUACACGCAUCAAUACAAUCAUCGAUAUCCAUAUGACUGGAGAACAAAAGAGCCAGUAAUCAUACGAAGUAGUAAACAAUGGUUCAUUGAUGUUUCACAGGUUGGUGUUGAAGCAGCCAAAAAAAUUGAGAGCGAAGCGCUGCCUAUAGGAAGUCCUCAUUCAGAUAAAACAGAGGCUCUAUUAACGCAACUAAAAAAUCGAGUCGCCUGGUGCAUUUCACGGCAGCGGUGUUGGGGCACUCCGAUUCCUGCAUUUUAUAGGGCAGACGGUAGUGUUGUUGUGGGUAAUGAUAUCAGCAAUGCGGUGGCGGAAAGUGUUGAAAAAUAUGGCACUGACGUUUGGUGGGAAUGCACGGCGAAUGAGUUGUUUCCUAAAAAGGCAUUAAUUAUUAAAUUAAUGAACAAAUAUGGAAUUAGAAUAGAAGAAAAAUUGGAAAAGUCAUUCGAUGUACUAGAUGUAUGGAUGGAUAGCGGGAUUGCAUGGGCGUCAACACGCCAAAGGGAGGAACCUGUCGAUCUCGUUGUGGAAGGUGUUGACCAGUUGCGAGGCUGGUUCCAAUCCCUUUCGUUAACUUCAUUUGCUUUGAAUAAUAAAUUACCAUACAAGUGCAUCUAUGUUCAUGCUUUUGCAGUGGAUGAAAACAAACAAAAAAUGUCCAAAUCGAUGGGAAAUGUAGUCAGCCCUGAACUGAUUACAGAUGGCUCACUGAAUGCAGAACCUUAUGGUGCCGAUGGUCUUCGUCUUUGGGUAGCGCAAUAUGGAUGCGAAGGAGAUAAAGCACGAAUUGGCUCUUCGGUCAUGGAAGAAGUUAGACGAAACUAUACACAGUUGCGUGCUUCAUUCUGGUUUUUGCUUGGUGCGGUCAACGGUUAUAAAGGAGCCGUUUGCUGUGAUGAAAAGUUUUAUAUUGAUAGGUAUAUUUUGCAAGAAUUAGCAAAAUUUACACAGCGAUGUCUCAAAAACUGGAACGAAUAUCGUUUUCCCUUAAUGGUUAACGAAUACAUGCAGUUUUUGCAACAUCCGCUCAAUUCACCUUACAUUAGCGGUGUGAAAAAUAGGUUAUACUGUGGAACGCUUUCUGAGAGACAGAAUGCCCAGGCAACAUUGGCAAAAAUUGGAUUGAACUUAGCAGCACUUCUUGCCCCGAUAUUGCCUCAUUUGGUGGCGGAGUUUUUCAUGCAUCAUCCAUGCGUUCAGGAUUCUGCUAUUGCUCUAAGGAAGUGUAAUCAGUUUUACUGCUCAGAUGAUCCAAAUAUGACUGAGUUGUAUUCCGUCAUGGAUUCUGUUCUUAGUAUUCGAGCUAGAAUGUUGGAACUGUAUGGACAAAAUAAUCUAUCUAGACUGGGAAUUUUGAUAAGAGGUCCCGAUAUUAGUCUCCAAAAAUUAUAUCCACUGCAAACAGAAUCAUAUUCAUAUCAUUCGCAGCUGGUGGAAAUUCUUGGUGUUUCCAUGGGGAAGAUUAUUGCGAUCGAUGCUCAAAAUCAAUAG